CGGGUGCGGGCGCGGGCGGGGUGCGGCGGCGGCGCGUGAGGCCGCCCCAGCCGGGCUUCGGCGCCGACUGCACCGUUCGGGGCGCGAGCGCGGGCGGUGCCGGACACUGCAGGCGACACGGGCGCAGUGAGGGCCGCCGCGGCGCUGUGGAGCUGAAACAAUUGAAGCCCCAGGUUGCACUGCUAGAAAAGGUAAAGCUGGAUGAGGAAAUGGAGACACAAAUUAUUUGGACUAGAUAAUGUCUUCGUGAUUAAAACCAGGAUCCGCAGUUGGAUGGCCUCACAUCAGAAUCUGUACUUGUAACUACUACACUGUACAGAACCUUCAAUAAGGUCCAAAAGAUGAGUCGUGGGUAUCCAGAAAACAAUAAUUUCCUGAAUAAUAAUAACCAAAUGGUAUUAGAUAUGAUCCUUUAUCCAUUAAUAGGAAUUCCUCAGACCAUCAACUGGGAAACUGUGGCAAGGCUUGUGCCUGGUUUAACGCCCAAAGAGUGUGCAAAAAGGUUUGACGAGCUGAAGAGCAGUGGAAGCUCACCCGUUGACAACCAGUGUAACCCCUCAGUGGUAGCUGCAGGGGGCCCCAUUGAGUCUUUAGCCACUUACAUUAAAUCUUCGCUUCUGGAAACACAAGGAGAUUUUCAGGAGACUCCAGUUGAUCAAGAUACAGUUUCCAAAGCAGGAAGACAUAGUGUAGCUUCCGCAAGAAAUUGCUCUUCAGAGAGUGAAAACUGCACGACUCGUAAUGCUGGAGAGAAGACUGAAGAAUCUGAAGGGCCAAACAUGGUGAUCCAUGUAUGUGAUGAAGCAAAAAACUUGAAGGAAGAUUUUAUUUGCCCGCGAGAUCUUUUGAUAUCAGAGAUGAAGUACUUUGCUGAAUAUUUAUCUAUGGAUGCCCAGCGCUGGGAAGAGGUGGACAUUUCGGUUCAUUGUGACGUUCACAUUUUCAACUGGUUGAUAAAAUACGUUAAAAGGAACACUAAGGAGAGUAAAGAUUGUGAGAUUCCCACUUUAGAGCCAGGAAAUGUCAUUUCAAUUCUUAUUUCUUCAGAGUUCUUGAAGAUGGAUUCAUUAGUUGAACAGUGUAUUCAGUAUUGCCACACAAAUAUGAAUGCCAUAGUAGCUGCUCCGUGCAACAUGAACUGUAUUAAUGCAAACCUCCUUACACGCAUAGCUGAUCUGUUCACACACAAUGAAAUUGAUGACUUAAAAGACAAAAAAGAUAAGUUUAGGAGUAAACUUUUUUGUAAGAAGAUUGAAAGACUGUUUGAUGCUGAGUACUUGAAUCCAGAUUCUCGAAACAACGCAGCAACCUUAUAUAGAUGUUGUUUAUGUAAGAAACUUUUAACCAGAGAAACAGAAAGACGAAUUCCUUGCAUCCCUGGAAAAAUCAAUGUGGAUCGACAUGGAAACAUUAUCUACAUCCAUAUAAGAGAUAAAACCUGGGAUGUACAUGAGUAUUUGAAUAGUCUUUUUGAAGAAUUAAAAUCUUGGAGAGAUGUAUAUUGGCGGUUGUGGGGAACGAUCAACUGGCUGACUUGUUCAAGGUGUUACCAGUGGAGGGAGGAAGAACAGGUCAUCAAAACCAUCACAGUUUGGAAUGUCAGACCAUAUGCCUUUCUCUGUAUUGAAUUCUCACAUUGUCAGUAUCACUCAGAAGUGGUAGUUUAUGCCUCCACAGUAAGUUCACUGACCACUGUGGGCACUGGAAUUUAUCCCUGCUGUAACCAAAAGGUUCUUCGUUUUGAUCCCACUCAGCUCACAAAGGGCUGUAAAGUGAGGGACCACAUGGUUAUUGUUCAUGACCAAGGAGAAAAUGAUGAUUUGCUUUCUUGUCCAACUACUAGAAUACUGGACGAUCUGCACAAGCACAGAGAUGUCAUUGUUGUACCCUUUUUAAAAGAUACAGUUAGUGACCCCGGGGCUGGCUCCUGUGAUGAAAAGGGCCUGGAAUAUGAUGUUUUGCUGGAACCAAAUACACCAUGGGGCCCCAAAACUGGGGAGCUCAAUGCUUUCCUGUCAUUGAAAAACUGGACUCUGCAGUUGAAACAGCAGUCAUUAUUUUCAGAAGAGGAAGAAUACACCACUGGAUCUGAGGUCACUGAAGAUGAAGUUGGUGAUGAAGAAGAAGUGGCCAAGAAACAAAGGAAAAGGGAAAAGCCAAAGAAGUUUACUAAGCAACCAAAAAAGCAGCUGUCUUCACCCUGUUCUCAAAAGAAAGAAAAGGCGCUGGAGAAGUCAACUUCUAGAGAUGUGUCUCCUUUCGUUGUGAGCAUGCAGAAGAAUAAGUGGGAUGCCACAAGAUCCCUGCGAUUCAACCAGGAUGCACAAAGAGAAGAUGAUCAGCGGCGGAUGUCUGAAAUUACAGGGCAUCUAAUAAAGAUGAGAUUGGGUGAUCUGGACCGAGUCAAGUCAAAGGAAUCAAAAGAAUUUGCGGGAGGUAUUUAUUGUAGGCUUGAAGCGCAAGUCAAAGCCUCUGCGCCUGGCAGCGCCCGGCAGAACAGCUCAGACAAAAACCCCAGGUCUAAAAGUCGUUUUGGUCAAGGGCGUCCUGCAUAAAGCAUCCUAAAAUAUAAAAAGAGAGAAGGCACACUCCUGGACAUCUGAAAUUGUUCAUUUCCUGAAGACCUUCAAAACAAUGACUUCUAGGUGUUUUACUAGUUGUUCCUGUAAACCACAAAAUCAUGCUGAGACAAAUAUAUAGUUAGGCUUCAUUAAAAUCUAAUUGUAAAUAUAAAUUUUCUUAUAUAAAUUUCUCUUUGUAUAGUUGUAGGCUGUGUAGAAAACAACUACAAACUUUACGUCAUUAAGAUUCCUAAUAUUUGUUACCCUUUGUUUAUUUGAAAGACAAGAGGCCUAAAUUAUCAAAUGACUGAAUUUUGGUAAGACCUUAAGAAAUUUAGGGAGACUAUUGGUAGUAUUACUGUGCAUGUAUGCUCAUCACCAUACUUUUUGAGGACUGUCCAGUCUUAGGUGUAGCAUUGAAAAAUGAAUGUUGUACAAUGAAAUGUCCAGUGAUGCUAAUAUAAGUUGGUGUGAGUUUGAGGAGUGACAAAUCUGGAAGCUGUAUUAAUAGAGUUUCAAGGUGAGGUCAUCCCAGAGUCAUGUUGGUCCAGAAGGGUUUGUCUUUUCAAGUUAGUAUGUGGAAAGUACAGAGUUAAUCCAACUUUUGUUUCUUUAGGUUUUUCAUGCUUCUUUGUUGGUCACCUGACCCUGAAUGACUGGUCAUUAGCCUCUCCUCUGUGAAGACAAUGACAUUCUGAAUUUCCUAAAACAGCCUAGGAUGGUUUAGGGUAGAAUCAUUUCAGCUCUGUGCAGUCACUCUCUAAACCAUUUCAACAACCCCUUAAACAUUAUGAUUGCUAGUUACUUUAGAGGUGUCUUACAAUUUCCAGAUAGAUUAGAUAGCUGGAAAUUUCAUACAUUCAAGAAAAAUAAAAUAACUAUUUUAUAAAUCAGGUUUUUUUUUCUUCUAGCCAGGUCUGUAGUAAAGCCAGGGGAAUGUAAGCAUGCACUAAAUUAUGUGUUGGGAGAUUAUAAGUCUCUGAAAACCAUAAGAUAGAUACACACUAUUUCUACUUCAGUUUUCCUUUGCCUUUCCUGUUCAGAGAACAGGUCUUGAUAAUAUGUAACAGGACAGCAGUUUGAAAAGGAAAGUUCAAGUCUUAUACUCAGUUCACAUAAAAAUUACAAUUUCGGUGUAUCUUUUACUUGCUAUGUGGAACUCAGUUAUUUGAUAAUUAUGUUUUUAAUAUCUGGAUAUUUUUGUAUGUAUAUAAAGUGUUUUUCAGUUGUCUUGAUACUGUGGAAAUAGCCUAUGCCAUAUUUUUUUAAGUGUUUCUUAGUACAUGAUGUGUAAGUCUCACACCUUUCAGUUGCCUCCUGUUGUGAUCAUUGUAAUCAGAAGGAAAUCUGCUCUUUGGAUUUUUACUAUGCGAAAGUGCACAUUGCUUCUCCCCCAAGGGGACUGAACUACUGGUUGAUACUAACAAACCAGACUUUAUUACAAUCUGACUCUAUACAGAAUAUGUUUUGUUGUGUCUGUCUGUGAUACAUGGACAGAUGUUUCUUCUGCCAAGUACUUUAAGGAUUUCUUUACAUUAAAUCUGAGUUUACACUUCUUUAAUUGAAAUAAAUGGCAAUAACAAAAAAUGUGGGGAGAGUCUCUCGAUCUGGCUCAUUCCA